AAUUAUGAAAUUUAGGGAUUUUUUUUUUUUAGUGGUGAACCACCUUAAUCAUUAGUAGUAGUCAAAGAGCUUUUAAUACAUCAUUGUAUCUAGUAUUAGUAUCCUAGUAUUAGUAUCCUAUUAAUAGGAUUUAGUAUAUGAAAUGGAGGGUAAGUUGUUUGAUUUUCAAUGCAAAUAUCACAAUGGUUCACUGCUUCAAAAAGUAGAAAUUUUAACAUCACGACAAAGGCGCUCACAAUCUUCUGAGGUUUUUUUAUCUCUUAGCUCAUUAAACGUGUGUAUUAUAUGUCUUCUUGAUAUAACACUUAAGUAUUCAUCCUAUCAAGAUGGUUCUAUGAAAAUUAAUUUAUUGGACAAUAAGAGAAAAAUAACAGAGGCUGGCCUAAAUAAAGAAAAAUUAAUUAAUGAAAAGCUAAUUUAUUCAAAAAACUAUCAUUGUAUUUGUAAAACAUGCUAUACAAGUGUAAAAAAAACAUUAACAAAAAUACAAAAAAAUAUUAGUGCAAUCUCAAGAGAUCGCGAAAUUCUUAAAGAAAGCUCUCAAAGAACAUUGAUAUCUAUACCAACAGCAGAAGUAACAGAUAGUAGAUUGGUUUUAAACAAGCAAAUAAAACUUGAUCAAGAAAGUAUAGAGAUUUUGUUAACAAGUACUUCGAAUCCAAAAGUAAAUAAAUUUAAUGUUCCUAUCAAUAGAAAAAGACUUAUUAAAUCUGCCAUUAAAGGAAAUGUUGCUCUUAUUUUUAAUGCAAUAAAAGAACUUGAUCCAGCAGCAUUUAAUAUUUCUAUAAUUAAUUAUAUCAACACAACAGUUUCUUUUGAAGUAGACACUUUAUGUAAUAACCCAUCUUCUUCAUUUAAACUACCUGAUAUUAAUAAUGCUUAUAAAAUUUCAUAUCAAAUCCAAUAUAGUGAGUUAUGUGAGAAAGCUUUUUUGUUAAAAGAAAUGGCAAUGUCAUGCGCAAGAAAUGUGAGAUCUAUCAAAAGAAACACAAGAAAAAAAAUCGAAACCUGUAUACCUUCUAUUACAAAUGCUAUUAGCUGUUUACUAAUGUGUCAUAAUCAACAAAUGAAUGCUAAUGCCAUUGUUAAUUCUUUAGUUCUUCAGAGAGGAAAAGUUGACAAAAUGACUUUUAACAGGCUUCAAUCUUUAAAUAUUUGCUUAUCACAUACAUCAGUCUUGAAAAAACAUGUGAUGUUGGGGGAAAAUUGUUAUCUACCAAUUCAUAAGCUAGCUUGUGAAUUGGAAUACAGUGCAAUAAGUUUAGUAUCAAAAAAAUCUUCUGCUCUGAACCAAGAAUGUGAAGAUAUUCCAAAUGAGUUGACUCAUAAUAUUCUUGAUUCUAGCCUUAAACAUUUAUCUUCAAAUAUGAAUGACAGUUUUUUUGAUGGCUCUGCAACCAGUUAUAAACUUUAUUUAUGGGAAUUAUUUUGGAAAAACCAGUCAAGUAUUCCUUCAACUAUUGCUGGUACUUUAAAGUCCAUUGGCAUGAGAGGUUUUCUAAAUAUAAGGACAGCAUUUAUAAUUUUAGGAACAAUUCCAAUAACAACUUGUGAAUGUGAAAGAAAACAUUUCUUACCUUCAAUUAAGGUAAGAAAUAUUUCCCUAAGUCUAAUUCUUCCAACAACUGAAGAUGAAAAUGAAUUAAAAAAUGAAUUCAAAAUUUUGGCUUCCAGAGAUCUGGUUAAAUAUUUUAAGGAUCUGGAAUGGAUGAAAAAGUAUGUAGUAUUUCGCAUUUCACAUUUUCCCUUGGGUGUUUUGGAUCAUAAUGAAGCAACUACAGAAGGAAUUAUUGAGAUAAUGAAGUUCCAGCAUAAACUUGUUCCCGGUCACGGGUCAGAUCAUUUGGUAAGAACAAUUACGGUAGGUGAUCUACUUACGGUUGAAAGAGAACAAAAUGCACAAGAUGAUUUGAGAGAUUCCUCUACCUCGUCAACAAGAUUAGAAGGACUAGUACCUUGCUUAGGAGAUUUUCAUACAUAUGGCAAUUUUCUUGAGGUUAUUUGGCAUCUAUUGUACCAUGCUUCAUCUUCUCAGGACAUUGGGACUUUGUUUCAGGCUCGUAACUUCUUUAAUGCCAGAUCUGUACCAGCGUCCCCGUUAAAAGACAUCAAUGCUUGUGAAGAUUUUAUUCUUAAAUACAGUGAUGCAUUAUUAGUAACUGCGUUCAAGCACUAUUUUACUAUAAACAAUUUUGAUUUUUCUGAUCAGGGAAGCAAAUGUUAUAUUAAACUUCUUAUGGAAAAACUUCUUACGGAUCUUGUUGAAGGUUAUAUAACCCCUGAUAUGUCAGAAGAUAUUUUUUUAUGUAAGGGCUAUAAAUGCUCAUUUUGUGAAAAAUCAUAUAUUCGUAUGAAGACUUUAAAAAUGCAUAUUAAAAAUAAUCACAAAGAUGCCACAUUGUUGCCUGAUAAAAAUGAAGAUUUUGUUCUAAACUACAGCAAAAAUGCUUUAACUUUGUGUUUUUUGGUUAAAGAUUUUAUUGAUGCAAGAAAGCAUGGAGACGGGAAACGGAUAUUGCGUUUGCAUAAAUUUCUACUUCUUUAUUUUAAACUUGAUGGUCGUACAAAGUAUGCAUACCAAGUUUUGCACCUCCACGCUCAAGUAAAUUUUUUGCUUCCUCCUGCUCUUUCUCAUGAAAUAAUGUGGAACAGAUUUGCAAAUACAAAAGGAAAAGUAGACUCAAAUAAAGUUAGAUUGUUUGAACAUGAAAACAGACACAUUAAAAUAGAUUUAGCAAAGUAUCAAGGUCAAAUAACGGAAAGUUCACUUGCACGAUGCAGCAAAUCCAAUAGAAAAAUGCAAGAAGUAAUAAAAUCAGUUGAUGAUCAACUUCUAGUUAAAACUCCAUCCGAAAGACAUGUUUCUAUUGAUUCCAAAAAGGAUGUGAUGCAGUUGGCUGACCAACUGCAAGACGCUAAAAUAUUUCAUUAUAUUAAAGGACGAUCACAUACUCGUUUUCCCGGUUUUUCAAAGAACUGUCUAAGUAACAUUGACAUUAAUAGUUACAAAUCAUGGGUUUACAAGAAGUUUGAAGAUUUUAAGAACAUGAAUAUUUAUACCACAGAUAAUCUAGUAACAGGGAUAGCUUUAUGACUAUUUUAAUUUUUAACAUAUUUUUUAUUAUGUAAUUUUCCUUACAUAAAUAUUUGUCCUAAUAUUUUAUCAAAUGUAAUUCUUGUAUCAACAUAUGGAAUUAUAUAUUGUAAAUUAACGAGUCUUAUUUUAUAAUUUUAAUUUUGUUAUAAAUGCUCAAGUUUUUUUA